AUGACGUGGUUACCAAGCAAGCGGACAUUUGUUGUUGACAGAAACACUGAUGACAUUCACCGGAAAAAGCUCACACCGGCAAAGAAGAAGAAAGCUUUCACUGCUUUCACAAGACGAAAAAACAUAAUGUUGGCUUUGGCUAUAGCCUUACCAAUCAUUGGAAGUUACAUCAUUACUUCUGUUGUUCUUCUGAACUUUCCAACGAUUCUACACAAAAGGAAGAACACGAAGUUUCGAUGUCGGCACAUCAGUCAUCGAGGAGGUUAGUGUUCCUUAGCGUUUAUAGAAAAUUGUGUGAAAUGCUAGUUACUCUUAAGCUUAAUUCCAAAAUUAUCCAAAGACUAAAAUACUUGAUAAGAGCAGUUUGACAACAGAAACCGUAAGUAUGUUGGCGAAAGGCGUUUGAUCUGCAGCAAUGCAACUUAAAUUAAAUUUCACUGGUUUCUUACUCUUUAUCAAUCGUGGGGUCAAUAAAUUAAACUUAAUAUAAAUUCAUUGGAGCCACAGAUUGAAACAAUUAACAAGUAUAUGAAAGCAAUUAAGUUGAGCUGGAACCAAAUCGAUGAAGAAUUUUUUGCCUCGAGAGCCUUCAUUCAGGUGUUAAAUUUCUCUUUGGUGUAAGCCAAAACUGAAGUUUUAGUCACAGUUAAUUAAUAAUACUGUUAUUGUUUGGGCUUGGGUAGGCCACCUGUUUGUGAAGGGAAUAUAUGAGCUAUGGUUGAUGAAAAGGUAGCAUUAUUUGUUGCUGGGAAAACAUGAAAACUAAGGGAAAAAAUGGUCGUUCUUGAUAAAUAAAAAAUCCAUGUUCCAAUGAAAUGGCAUUUUGUUGGAAAAAAAUUUCCUUAUCCAUCAACAAACAGCUUCCACACUGAAAAACACUGCAUGUUGGAUUUUUACAAAUACAGAAUGGGCUGCUUCUCAUCCAUCUGUUUUGAUAAUUCUUGAAAAUUUUGUUAUACAAGGAUAAGGUUAUCCACCUCAGCUGACAACAUCCUCUUCAAUCUACAUAAUAGACCUUGUCACAGUUUUCGACGCCAUCUUGACGAGUAGGCAAAUGUGUGAGAAAUUACAGUGGUUGUAUGAGAAUCUAAUGUCGAAUAAUUUCCUUAAAACGGCUGUUCUGAAAAAAAUUUCAAUUGUAAACUAAAGCUGCAAAGCAAAGGAUUGUCCUAAAAAAUUUUGGAGGCAUACCUGUGCUUAAAUUUCUCCAGAGGCUUGCUUUAGAUUUUCCAUAUGUUUGUCUGUAAUUUUCCAAGACUUUCCAACAGACAAAUGUAUAGGAAAUUCAAAAAGUGGUUCUAGGUCUUCUAGUGCAGGUAACGCUUUCAAAUUUUUUCAGCAGAAUCCUUAGGAGUGAAGCUUUAGUUUACAAAUCAUAUUUUUCUCAGAACAGCUGUUCUACAGAAAUUAUUCGAAAUUAGAUUCUCAUACAAACACUGUAAUUUCUCACGCGUUUGCCUACUCGUCAAGAUGGUGUUGAAAACCGUGACAAGGUCUAUUCUUCACAUCAUACCCAGCCUCAUUCAAUAUAAUUGUUAAAAAUACCUAACUCUUCCUUAAAAAAAAGCUUGUAGCUGCUCCUCUUUGAGAAUGUGUUUCCUUUAUUUUUUUAAACUGAUUUCUAUGAUUUUGAGGCAUCUUCAACCUUCAAUUCUGGUUUUACAUACCCUGUAGAAAGUGCUUUCUCUUUGUGCUCCUCAGGGGUCACCUGAGAUGUCAAAACAAAGGCAUGGAACUCAGAUCUAUAUUGUAGUUAAUUUUUUAUCCCAGUUCAUUUUUAUUUUUCCAUUGUUUUGAGGUAUGGUAAUGUAUGCUAAUGAAUUUGAAACAAACCAAAAAGAAAAAUGAACUGGGAUAAAAAAUUAACUGCAAUAUCUACAUUAAAGAUAUAGCAAAUUUAAUGUGUGAGUUCUUUUAUCAGGAGAGAAAAGAUCACUCCCUAACCUCUAGACAGGAACCACCUGUUAACUACGGUCACUAUAAAGUUUUUGUACUGACAAUGGAUUUAUUUUUUCUUGUUUAUUCUAGGAGCAGCUGAAAAUUUAGAAAAUACCAUGACAGCCUACCAAUAGUAAGCAUCAUUUUGUAUUAUUUGUUUGAGAUCUUUUUUGUUUUUUCUUUUAUGGUACUCUACUUUUACUUCAUAAUUUGCCACUUAUGAACAUUACUUUUCUUUAUAAAGUGCUCUAAAAAUGGGAACAGAGAUGCUUGAACUUGAUGUUCGUUUGACGGCUGACAAACAGGUAAAGAGGUCAAAGAUAUUACAGCUUUCAUGUUCCUUGAAGUAAGAAAAAAAGAUUUUUGGAAAACUUCUGUGCUUCCUGGCAAGUAUGCACAGUUACUUGCUUUGCACUUCAAAAUUAAUGUUAUGGAACAAUGAUCACAUGCUCUGAUAAAGCUACCUUAAAAUAUAUAAUUAAUGAUUUAGUGCCUUCCUUCUAAUGGGUACCCUCUUGGUGGUGGUGAGUGUUUUUGUUGAAAAGUGAACAAAAUUAAUGAUGAAUUUUUCUUAAUUGUAACAAUGAUUAUUUUGAUUUUGAGCAUUACAUACAAUAUUUUUUUGGACACUAAUAAUAAUAAAAAAUUUUUAUUACUACAAUAAAACCAUUCACCCAUCUUACAGAAAUAUUACCUUUGAUCAUAAUCAGUACAUGUACACAAUGUAUGUUACCUCCACAUUUACGUGUGGAGUCAAGUACAAGUACAAGUACACUUUAAGGUAAUUGGAUCAUUAGCACAAUGUAGAAACAAAUCCGCCAUAAUAUAGUACAGAAUCAUCUAAGUGCUAAGAAUGGGCUGUUUUUCUCUUGCAUAAGGUUGUUGUAUGUCAUGAUAAUGACCUCUCCCGAGUGACACACUCUGAUUCAGUUAUCAGUGACUUGAAAUAUGAGGUGAGAUGAUCUCAUGAAUAAGGUUAGGUUGUUAAUAGCGUGGCACACAAAUGAUGUCAGAGUGACUAAUUUGCAAUUUUUGUCUGAGUUGUGUCAUUUUUCUCAUUUCAAUGACAAAAGUCAUACAAAAGUGAGGAAUUCACUAAUGUUAAUUUCAGUUUGUUUGUCUGAGUUUCGGGUCUCUAAAUAGUAACUGUGCACAGCGCUAUUACACGUUGCUACUGCAAUGAUGAACUUUUUUUUUUCCAGUAAAUUGUAUUCUUCUUAGCUAAAAGAAACUAAUGUGGAGAUUGCAAAGAAAUUCUUGUGAAUCAAUGUACUAUAUCUACUGUUUGAUCAUCCAGGAUGGUUGCAUGUUCAGGGCUGAAAUGUAUACAGCGUACUUGAAUAUCUGCAAUGUAACGAUGUGUUUAAUGUAAUAAGCCAGUGCCAAUGUACACCUAAUAUUGAAUAACACUCUGUUAUCCCUUAGGACUUACCCCUUCUUAUGAAUACACUGACAGUACAGUUUCAACCAGGUAUAUAAUAUUACUGGUAGUACUACUGGUGUAAACACUGCUUUUAGCUUUGUAUUGUAUACUAAGUCUCUGUGGAAUAAAAUAAUAUAGCCCUUUUCCUUGAGAUGGAUAACAGAAAGUACCCAUUUCCAUUUGUAACUAAAUUGAGAAGGGGCUGGGGGAGGGGAUGGAAUAUAGUUUUACUUAAGGUAGUAAAAAAAGAUUAUUCAUAACAAGGGUAAUAAUUAUUUAAUAUUAGCAUAUGCCCUCUUGAAAUACUAGGAGCUUUGAACACAGUAUUGCUUCCUGCAGCACAAAAUAAUAACAUUCAUUGUAGUCGAGAUCACUGUUUUACAUGUAUCUCUUAUUGUACAGUAAAAUUGUGCCUGAUACCUUCAACAGCUGUGGGUAUACCAAUUCCUUACCUUGUAGGAUGAAUCUAAGAAUGCAUAUUUGGUGCCUUAAAUUUAUCUGAAUUGGAGCUCUGUGAAAUUGCCACACACCUGUCCAAUACUAUACUACUUUUGAAUGUUUUGUGAUACACAUAAUAGUCAGUACCAAGUGUCCUCCAGUAAUCAAGAGUAAUGAAGAUACCAGUACAUUGUAUCAUAUAAGGAGCCCACCUUGUGGGCUGUAUGCAUGUAGCAGUGCACAGUUCCUCAAAGAAACAUGUAGCAUCCUAUAUUUGUUUGCCUUUUUCUGAGAGUCAUGUCCUUAUUGAUUAAUAUAUAAAUUUUUUUUCUCCAGGUGUGGCAUGCAUGGCAAAGAAUGGUGAUCGUAAAAUUCCCUUACUUGAAAGUGUUUUUAAAGCCUUUCCUGAUAUUCCAAUUAAUGUAGAUAUCAAAAGUAAUUCUGAUGAGCUUAUAGAUAAGGUGAGCGUGCAUGUAAGAAUUAUUAUGAUAUUAAUAUUUUGUUUUACUGUAGUAUGUAGGGUAUAGAUAAUUUACAUUGUAAAUUUUCACUAUUAUUAUAUAUGUAUCUAAACAAAAAAAGGAGACAGAUUAGGUUUAUUAGGUAUUCAUGUCACCUCAUGGGGUGACUGUUUUUUAAAAUACCAUUGGGCAGAGUAUUUGAACCAUUUACUAGUCAAAUUACAAUCCAGUAGAAGCUCAUUACUGAUUUUAACCUCUUAUGAGUUUCUGGAUCCAUGCUCACAAACCCAAUAUAAUAUCACCCAGCGUAACAAAAUUUGGAACAGGCUUUUUAAAACUUGGACAUUUUCUAUAACAGGUUUUAUAAUUAAGUGGACCUUAAAGUGUUUAUUUUCAUAUUUUCUGUAACAUGCUUUCACUAUAUUUCAUAAUUUAGACUCACGAGUUAAUCUGCAAGUACAACAGGAAAAAAAUAACAGUGUGGGGAAACUUUUCAAAGGAGGUCACUGAAAAAUGCUACAAGAAGGUAAGGUUUAAAAUGCAUUCAAACUGCAGUGUUGUGUAAAAGUUUAGAAUUUUUAGAGUGAAACAUGAGAAUUUUUAUACUCUAUUUUAUAGUCAGAGUCAAUUUUUAUAUUUAUAUUGCAUAUUUUUUGUAUUUGUAGGAUCCAGAGAUUGCAGUAAUGUUUUCAAUGCAGCGUGCAGCCCUGCUCAUUUUUUUGUUUUAUUCUGGAUUGUUGCCUUUCAUUCCCCUCAAGGAAUCCUUCCUAGAAAUUAUGCUGCCAGUCACAAUGAUCAGGUAAAAACCUGUUUAAUGAUUAAGUCAUCAAAUAACCCUUUGAGCCCCAAUAUUCACAAACAAAUUCUCCAGACUAAGUUCCACACAUUUCCCUUUGAAUUAGUUGAGAGAUUAUGACAAAAGAUCAAAGCUUUUUCCCUUUGGUGAUCAUUUCAUUAAUUCUCAUGAUAUUCUGAUAUUCUGAUAUUGUUAGAAGAAAAUUUAUGUUGGUCACUCUUGGUACUUAAGCAGCUUAACAGAGAGGAGUCUAAGUCCCGCAUUACCCCAUUACUAUUAUUUAAAACUGUAUAAAACUGUAUGUGCUGGUGUUUUGCCCUGAGUAAAAGAGGUUUUGAGUUCUGUACUGCAUGUGGUAAUUUGCUUGGAUUUCUUCCCAGGCGAUUUGAAGUUCCAUGGACCAUGAAAGCCCUGUGUCAUAUAGUUGAUUGGUAAGUGGCAAAGUUUGUAGAAUAUUUCAGGCCCUAGUUGUUCAAAAGAUGGAUAACACCAUCUAUAUCCAUGGGAUUAAUCUCUUUCCAGUAAAUAAUGUAAUAUUUUCCCUUAUACUUGAACCCUGGAUAUUUAUCCAAUGAAUAGCUCUAUCCAACGUAUCCUGAACAACCACACGCAGGAUGUCAAUUCUCAUUAAUUCUGGAAGCAGUUAUCCUCAGAAUCAACACCCAAAUUGUGAGAGUAGAUUGCUCUCUGAGGAAAAUAUUCUCAGGGAAAAUAGUCACUUAAUGACCAGUCCUAAGGGAAACAAAUAACUUUGUUUCCUGAGAAUCUCAAUGUUUUCUGAGGUGGCUCCGAGGAAACCAUUGAGAUUCAAGAGAACAGAAUUAACUGGUUACCUCAGGGACAACUCAUUACAAUGUAAAUGUUUAAUAAUUGUUAUAUAGCCCAUGCGGAAAAAAAUCCUACAAAAUGUACAUGUACAAAUCUCUGAAUUCAAGUGAGCCUUCAACAUUCGCAAGUAACAGUGUACUGUUUCCUGAAAUAUUGCUCGCUCAGAAAAUUUUGGGAGGAAACAUUUUGUUAGAUGUUAUGUGACCACAAAGUAGCUAAUUUAUUACAGGACUGUAUUCGUUGAAGUCAGAAAAGUUUUUCAGGCCACUGUCAUGUUGCAUCUGGUUUUGUUUUAAAGUAAAUGAAAAGGUGCCAGUAGUGUAAAAGUUAUGACAAAGUGUUGAGUGUUACAGUCGUACUUUGUAAGGAAGUGUUUUUGGAAAAUUAAUAUUGCGCACAGCUCAUGAGAUACUUGUAGCACAUGAUCAUUUUUGUUUUAUACUUUAGGUUUAUGGUCAGUCCUAUACUGUUUAAACAUUUGGACAAGAGAGGAAUUCAAGUAAGCUAAAAGCAUUGAAAUAAGUCUUUUUUUGACAUCCCCCCCCCCUGCCCCAGAUAUACCAUUGUUGAAACCGUCUUUUCAUUUACUUAGCAUUUCUCAUAAAGACAGUAUACAAACAUUCCUUGUGAUAAGUAAUGAUAUUAACACGUUGUAGUGUCCAGUAUGAUAAAAUAUCUACAUCUGUGCAGUCCAAGUUGGUUAGAUUUGGUAGGCUGGGGUUUGUAAGAAAUGUCUGUGGUGGACUAAUAACACGCACUGGGAAAAUUUUUUUUGUAUUACCUGUUUUAAUACAUACCGGUACUUUAACCAAAAUUUUGACGUUUGGACUGCAGUUGUCUUUCAAUGUUAUAGAGUUGUCAAAAGACACCGUUUACACUCUUCAGAAUGGCAGUGUUUUCUGCCAACAUUGUAUUAUUCAUUGCCAGAUUUUUCACUACAGUUCUUAAUUAAAUUACUGUUAACAAUAAUUAAUCAUUAUGAUUAAAAUCAGAUACUUAGUAAUGAGAUUGAAUCUCUAGUUCAUCAAUUUUAAAGGUGAAUGUACAAAACAACAUUGAAAAUGGGGACAACAGAGUACCUUGUACGUCAUUUACAGUUCACUACAACAUAAAAUUUUUGGGUGAGGAUCAGUGAUCCAAGAUCACUCGGAUCAUAGCACAUGAAAGGAACAGACGAAUCCACCCAAUGAAAGAAUCACGGUUUGAGUGAUCUUGGGUUCCAGAUUACUAAAUUCAACCUUUGGUUGUGAUAUUUUCUUAUGAUAUGCAUGAUUAUUUUUUGAAAUCUGCAGACUUACCUUUGGGUUCUUAAUGACGACCAUGAGUUUGACUUGGCUUUCAACAAGCUCAAGGUGGCUGGAGUUAUGACGGACUAUCCCUCAAGACUAAAGCGUUAUCUUGCCAAUAAUAGCACUGCCUCUCAGCAUGCCCCUAAUAUUGUAAACGAUAAAGAUGAACAUAGUGAAUUGAUUAAAAAACAGUAG